GAAGGGUCCGCGCAUGCGCAUUGGGUCUCCAUUCCAAUGAACUGUGAAGUUGUUGAGGUCGGUGGGGAGACCACAGACUCCCCUCAUCGGGAGAGUUUCAGCUCAUCAACGAGAAAAGAAAACUUCUGUAGCGGGUUCUAUCCAUGCUGAACAUGAAAGAGGAAACCAAGACAGCUGAAUCAAAUGGGUUCGGAAACACGCUCAGGAGUUUAAAAGUUUAUUUAGGCUACUUUUUGACAGGAUACUGAGUGGAAUCCGCGGGCGCGAGCGCGUUCUUUCUGCGAACGCAGUGAAAUGUAUCAAAUUCUAUUGUGAUGUAAAAAUGAAGUCGGAAGCGGGUGCGUGCUGACAAACGGGGUCUACAAAAAAAGUGAGACCAUAUCCCGGAAAAGUGGUACACUAAAUCAGAUUUGCCUACUUAUUUGCAAAUGUAAAUGUCUAAAGUUGAAAAGCUUGUGGUGUUGUUAUUUCAUCUGUCUGUGUGGCAGGUAGGAUGUUCGGAAAGGUGCUUGGAAAAGGAAACGGAUUUUUCCUUUAAGCUGCGAAUCGAAAUGAAAUAAUGCGAGGAAAUGAUCAAUCACACCGCUGAUAUUUUGUCGAAGAACCGGGGGGAACAUCCAGGACAUCCUUGGCCGUGUUCCUCUUUAAGUUGUUUUUUUGGGGGGGGAGUUGACUGACACUAUUUCCCCACAUUCCAACUAUGGAUAGUAGUAUUCCGGGGAGCAGCAGUGCCGUGAUCCAGAAGGGAAAGUUCGCGUUCGUCGAGGCUCAGUUGCAGGGUGGAGCGCCUUGGGGUUUCACGCUCAAAGGUGGACUUGAACACGGCGAGCCGUUAAUCAUAUCGAAGGUAGAGGUGGGUGGAAAGGCGUCUCUGCUGCAGCACCCCCUACAGGCGGGAGAUGAAGUUGUCAUAAUUAAUGAGUUGGAGUUGAGUGGAUGGAGGCAAGAAGCGAUAUCUCUUGUUAAAGGAUCUUACAAAACACUGCGGCUUACGGUGCGACGGGAGUGUUGUCCAGGUCCUUGCUAUUGUGAAUCACAUCCCCUCAGCCCUUCCAGAGAAAACAGAUGCUGUGGAGGAGUGAAGCUACGCAUCAAAAACAGACGAAGUGAGCCUGGCUCUCGACCUCAUUCCUGGCACUCCACUAAGCUGAGUGAGGGCCCUCAGGACUCAGGCAGCAUGAUGCAAGUCACCCAGGGUGGUGUGGGAGCCCCUUGGCACCAGAACUAUCAUUCCAGUGCAUCCACCACAGACCUAUCAGGGUAUGAGACAGGAUUCCUUAGGAAGAGCCCAGAUCAAUACAGUUCCCGGGGAAGCAUGGAGAGCCUAGACCAUACUAACCCAGUAUAUAGCUCCUGCUAUCAACUCUCAUCCUCCAAAUCCUCCAGCAGCAUUGAUCACCUGCACAGCAAGCGUGAUUCUGCAUAUAGUUCAUUCUCUACCAGCUCUAGUAUCCCAGAGUACCUUACAGCUGCACCAUCAUUUAACAAGGAAAGGUCAUAUUCCAUGGAGAAUGUUCCACAGAGAGAAGGGUUGCAGCAGGCAGAUAUACGUUACAUACGCACCAUCUACGCCCCCCAAGAGGGUGUGUCUGAAGAGCAUGAGGUAACAUCUGCAACACUGAUGAGAACCAAUGAAAGCAGAACACAGUCUAGAAGUAGUAAUGACCAGGGCAUGAUCUGCCAUCAUGGCAAAAGUAGUAGUGGCAGUAGUGGAAGCAGCAGAGGUGCAACAAACUCACAACGCCACAGUGCUGGGCCAGUCUGGGAUCCAACACACAACCGGCACUCCUACGAAAAUCUAAAGGGGGUACCAGCACCUCCAUUACGCAGUGACAGCUAUGCAGCAUUUCGAAAUCACGAUCGGCCCAACUCUUGGUCGAGUCUUGAGCAUGCUCGGUCACAGCGGGCACUUCACAAGGGUUCCUGGAAUCACUCAAGUGGUUCUGUGGCUACAGGAAAGUCCUUAUUUGGAGCUGAAGGUCAGCUGCACACUGUGAUUGAGAAAAGCCCUGAAAGCAGCCCGACCACCAAACCCAAACAGGUUUUUCCUCCGUCCACACAGCCUGGCCGUCUCAUGUUACCCACAAGCAUCUACCCUGUUCCUCCACCAGAGCCACAUUUUGCACAAAUCCCGACCAGUAACCCUAGUGCUAGUAGUGUGUACCCAGCACUGGCUAAGGAGAGCAAGCACAACCCUCAUUGCGACCACUUAGGUGAGUCAGCAAGAGAGGAUAGGGUGAUGGUUGAAAAUGGAUACCAAAGCAAUGCUCCCAGCCUAAGCCCUGUCCAACCCCAUGUUUUGGCACAACCUAAGCUGUCUGAUAUUGUUCAAGAUGAUACUCAAGUCAAAUCUGUUUUUUACCGGUCUCACUUGCAGCUGCAAGAGCAGAAGACACAAGCACCAUCUGUAGUCCUAGAGAGAAGGGAUCCUUAUACACCUGUUCAACAAAGAGUAGAGAGACCAAGGCUCUCACAUGGCAUGGAAGCUUAUAACAAUUACAAGCAACCUAAAGAUGAAGAACAAAACAAAUACAAUGAGCAAAAUAUUCAUCCAGACCCUCUUUACUCAGCUGAGAAAGUUGCACAUGGUCAAGUUGCCCAAAUGUACAGAGGAAACUUAGUCCAGACACAAGGAGGUGACCACAUAGUUAAACAUUUUAGGCACUACAGCGACUCUAGUGCUCUCGAACAGAAAGGUCAUGACCUCGAUCACCCUCUGACCAGACUGGAGAAUGCACUUGCUGAGGUUCAACGAUGUGCCAGUCCUGAGAGUACAGCUAGCCAAUGCAGUGUACAGAGUGAACGCACCAUGUCUGUGCUGGAGAAAGUAAGUCAUUUUGAGAGACAACAAGUUAAACCUCGCAGUCAUAGCAGCCUCUCCCAUCAUAGUUCCAUGGCUCGUCUUAGUCAAGCACCAAGACCUUCCAGUGCAAAGAGUUCCCUCUCUAGUGUGGAUGAUUUGCACAACAUGUUAGAGAGAAGCAAUAGCUCCAUCCCUUAUGUGAGAACUCAGAGUGCUUCCAUCAUGGCCAGUUUUGAUAGACAUGUGGAGGGGCAGCAGGAUUCACGAAUGAGACGUGGGAGUAGUCACCAUGCCCAUCAUCAUCACCCAAAAGACCCUGCUAUCACCCUUCAGAGGAGUAAAAGCACCUUCCAGCUUGGUGAGGAAAAUGGCUACCAUGGUAAAGGUGACAUUCAGGAUCUGGGCACCAUCCAGGACACAUAUUUUAACAGAGCAUAUAGAGACAGCAUUAAAGAUGCCCAGUCUAAGGUGUUGAGAUCUACUUCCUUCAGAAGACGAGACCUUAGCAUUAACCCUCCACCAGUGCCAGCCAAACACAUGUCCCUGGAGAGAAAAGGACCUACUACAAGUCCCAAAACUGAUACAUCCCCACACACUCCAAAAGAGCGGCAUGUUGUUCCUGUUGAGGUACCAAAUAGAACCACUCCUCCUGAACUCCCCAAUGUCCCAGCCACUGGAUCCUCAGUCAUGCGGAUUUGUGGACGCAAACGAUUUACAAUGGAGCAGAAAAAACGAUCUUAUUCUGAGCCAGAAAACAUGCAUGAAGUUGGCGUGUUGACUCCGGAAACCAUUCAGACUGAGAAAAAGAUUCAGCAGCAGCUUUUGUCAAGUGAGACAAGUGUUGCUGACCGGCGAAGGAUGUUUGAGCAAGUGGCGAAUCGUUAUGCUGACCACAGAUUGGUCUCCUCCAGGCCUGAUUUGAAGCAGAUGCAGCAAGAUGCCCUUGUUGAGUACAUGGAACGCAAAACAGGUAAAAGGAUAGAUGGACAUUCAAACCGCCCACAUAGUGCAUAUCUACAGUCAGCUUCUUCCUCUUCCACUGACUCACGGAGUCUCACCUCCACACCAAGUGUGUGCUCUUUGCAAGAGCCAGUAUACGAUGGCUUCUCUGGUGGAGUUCAUAAAGCAUCAACCCUUCCAGUAGGAAUGCAAAGCCCCUUUUAUCCAACCAGGGCCACCCAAAAUCACACACGGUCUGAGUUCUUCCCCACUGGCCAUCAGAUCCAAUGUGCUGAAUCUUCAAAAACAGAGACCAAGAAACCCACCCCUGCACAGAUCCCAGGCCUAGCCAGACAUCUCCUUCCUCAGCACCUAGAUGCAGUUUUUGAUAGAGCCACUUCAGCCAGAAGCACAGGGAGGUCAGCUUCAGCAGAUGAUCUGCUGGACCAUAGUGAAGAACGUCCAGUUCCUCAGCACUUCCGCUCCAGGUCAUCUCCAUCAGUGGAGAACUUUAAUCAGGACCUCAUGGCCACAGACCACCAAUUGUUUAUGGUUUCCUCGAAGGAAUCCUCAGAAAGCAGGGUGUUGGGGAACACUGCACCCAAACAGUCACAUGCAGAGAAGAGCUAUCGACUGAACCAGGGUCCAGUCCAGUUUAACGCACCUUUGCUGAGGCGGGAGCACCAGAGAAAUUCUGACCGGCCCAGGGCACAAAGUGCUUCUGCUCUGGCUGCUUCCGUGGGACUGCCUUGCCCCCUCACCUCUCCAGGAACUGCUGCCAGCCUGAACUGGCACAAUGGAGAGAGACUGUGUCAGCCCAACCUGGAUUCUAUUGCUUUUCCAGAAACUGGCCCUCAAAGUCAGAAGAGUCCAUCUGGACUCUUGCGGCAGAACUCCAAUGACACCAGCACUUCUGAAGACACCCUGAAGGAUUUCCCAUGUCCGUUGGCUUCAAAACCAUCAAUGUCCACCCAGUCACCCCCACACCCAGAGGUCAAAGUCAUGGGGUCACAUACAUCCCUAGACGAUCCACUCACAAUGUCAUAUGAUUCAAGGCUGCCCAACCUCCCCAAAAGCCCAGUCUCCCUAAUAAAAACACUUCCCUCUCUUCGGAUCUCAGAGUCUGGUCUUCAUGAGUUUCAGAGCACUGCUUUGUUACAAGGCGAUGAUGAAGUGUUUUUAGCACCACCCCCACCCUCUUUUCCCCCACCACCACUGCCAAUCAGAGACAUGGAGAUUGUGGAGGACAUACCCCUCCCUGUUGUGGAGGAGUUAGUAACAGAAGCUUUACUGUUGCCAGGACCAUUAAGGCCAGUCAGCGAUUCUGAGACUAUGGCUGACACAAUAGCCCAUCCAGAGUCCGAACAGUCAUCAAAUGACCGCAUGACUCCAUCUGUGACCCCUGGCCUACAGUCCAUCCAUCUUAUAGACAGCACAGCACAUCUUCGCCCUCAGUCGCCCAGCAGUGUCCCACUAGAAGAGGAGCCCUCUCAGAUUCUAGGACUCGACUACCAUCUGUUCUCAAAAAGAGAGCGAACUCAACCCGAGGUGCUCGUGGAGACUUUAGCUCGAGAGCUGGUGGGUAGGGACAAAUCCCUCACUUUGCUCCUGGACACCUGGGCAGGUAAAACUACCCUAGAUCUGAUGGAGGACAUCUUCCCCUCACACUCCUUGUCGCCCUGGCAACACAGUAGGAGCAGCAGCAGCAGUGCUUUGGUUGACAGGAUUCAAGAUGGCUCGUGUACCCCAGAAACUCACAUUCAGACUGUACCAAGAAAAAUGGAGACAGAUCUGGAUGAUGAAGAGGCUUAUAUGAAUCAAAAGAAGGUGGAGCUGUUGCAGGCACUGAACACGAGCAUCAGAUUGUUGCAAGGGGAGAGAGAUGAACUGGCUGAUCAUCAGAGACGCUUCAGCACUUUAGGGGGCAGUAUGGAAGCUUUAGUCCAGGAACACUGUAAACCCAAUGAGACAGACAAAUACCGCAUGUUUGUUGGUGACCUGGAGAAGAUUGUAAACCUGCUGCUGUCUCUGAGUGCACGACUCGCUCGUGUGGAAAAUGCACUCACUGCGCUUGAAGGAGAGGAGAGCCAGGAGAGUGCAGAAGAAAGGGAGUCGCUGCAGUUGAAACGCAAGCAGUUGUGCAGUCAGCAGGAAGACGCUCGCGAGCUGAAGGAAAACCUGGACCGACGUGAGCGAGUGGUUCUGGAUAUCCUGGCAGGUUACCUGAGCAGCCCGCAGCUACGCGACUACCAGCAUUACAUCCGCAUAAAACCCGCCCUGCUCAUACGACACCGCCACCUGGAUGAGCUCAUCCGACUGGGGGAGGAGCAUGUGCGAAGCCUGGAGGAGAACCUCCCCCUUGAGUUCCACCCAAAGAACACUGACCCCGCCCUCAAAUCGCCACACUGUUCAAACCCCACCCCCUCACCACUCCCCACCACCGUGACCUCACUCUGACUCCGCCCAUCGCAGAAUGAAACCGCUCACAGCUGCGUAGAAAUGAAUCGAUGAAACUGAUGUAGAUAGUGUAAGAGACUAUGAGAAGAUGCACAAAGAAAAGUGCCUUAAAUGAAGGAUUUGACGUUGCAACCUUGUUCCCUACAACAAUUGUAAAUCUCACAAAGUCUGUCAAGAUAAUGUCCAGGUCAUAUUUCACAACAAAAUUGAUAGGAACGGAAAGGAAAUGAAGCUAACUCUUUUUUGCAUUGCAUUAUUUUUAGUACAAUUAAGCACAUUUUCCCUCCAAUUGUAAUUACUGUAAUGCAUCCUGAUUAGGGGCGGAGUAAAAAUAGAAAUUUUCCGACUAAUCACAAUCUUCAUUCGAACAAUCAAGAUACCAAUUCUUAAAAUCACAGCAUCAGUUUUUUUUUCUUUAAAGUUUACAUCCGUUUUGGUUGUGUUGAUUAGUAGAUCUGCUAAAUAAAUACCAAUUGAAAUGCGUAAUUUGGGCGCUGUUGUUAAUUUUUAAAAAUGAAUGUUUUUAUAGGUUCCCUGCUGUACCGCCGCUCCCUAUAAGCAGACUUCGUAGGACACCAACUCCUUAGGGGCCACCAGAGAGUCCACCGGCUGCCCUUACUUGCAUGUUAUAAAUCCUUCAAGGACCCGAAAGCAAUUGCGGAACUAAAUAAUAAAAUAUCCUUGUUUACAUUACAGUAAUAAGAAUUGGAGGUAUGAGGCUAGUUGUCAUAAAAAAGGUCACAAUGUAAAAAUCCUAAUAGUCCUAAAAACAGACUUAAUAUUUCUAUACGCAAUAUAUAUACUAUUGAUGUCUUGAUUUUGGAGUGAAAAAUGACAGGUACAUUUUCUUGUCAGGUUUCGUGAGAUUCAUGCCAUUUGGAUUUUAGGCGCAUUUUAAAGCAAAGUAUGGAAGUUCAUCAAUGUACGAGAGAUCUUCUUUAUAUUACACGUGCAUGCCGCAUUUACACAACAUAUUCAAAUUAGCACAACACUAAAGCACAAGGCACACCACAAUGCAAAUUGAAUGGGACAAAAUGCCUCAUUGUGAUUGGUGAAUGCCAAAACACUAAUGAUUUACAUCCCCAUAACUGCUGAGCACUUUGGAACAGAUGAACCACUUAUGUCACAAAGAGAAGAAGAUUUAAAAUAUUUACAAAGUAAUUACUCUUGUCUAGAAACGCCUUCCUGAAACGCCACCUUUACGUCAAUAGCGUCAUAUAAUUAUUUAUGAUUUUAGGUUUAGAAACAAUUUUGUACUCUGUAUGUUGCUGUACAUACUCUGAGCAAUCCCCCUUGUGAUUUUAAAAUGUAGAUGAUAUUAAAAGAAAACAAUAGAUGUAUUUUUGUGAGCAAAAAAAAAAAGGUAGAACAUUGAAGAAGGAUGUUUUUUGUGGCUUUUGUAUGUCAAUGGUUUGCUUUAACUGGUGCUUUUAUUUCUAAAUCAUGGCCUCUACUACAAUGGGGGGUAUCCUCAUAGCUGAUGGUUUAACCGGAACUUGAACGCAAUAUCACUACUUAGUUUUAUUGGCGAUUAGGACACAAUAUUUUCAUUAUUAUUGUAAUCUAAUAAACAUUAUUCACAAAGCUAUAUGCAGGGUUUUAUCGCGAUGCACACCCACAAACUAUUUUACCAAUAUAUUACAUUUUUUGCUGUUGUUGCUUGGUUUUGGUUUCGUAUUUGGAGAGCAUCCUUAUUUACUAAAUAUCUAAACCCCUAUACAGCUACAUAAACACAAAGGCUAAGGGCCGCAAUAGCAGCAAACUUUAGAUGUAUUCAUUUUGGACUUUCUGUAUGUUGCUGUAUAACUGCAUUGCGAUCUGACACAUGUGAUAGUUACAUUUUGUUUUGCAGGAGGUCAAUCCGAAGACAAGUUUCCACCAUGCUUUACGCUGUUUAAAUGCAAAAAAAAGAGCACAAUUGGAAGUCAAAAUAAAUCUAUUUUUUAAA